CCCCGCCCAGCGCCGGCUGCAGUCGCCUCCGGGCGCUGUUUGCUCCCAGUUCCAUCCCAGUGCUCCCAGUAAGAGCCAUACUGGGAGGAAAAGCGCUCCCAGUUCCUUCCCGCUGCUCCCGGGAUCGCUCCCAGUGCCGCACUGGGCUGAACCGGUUCAGCUACAUCCCCAGGGCAAAACGCGGUUGUUUUUGUGUUUGGCACCGCCUGGGCCGGGCUGGGAGCGGAGGCGCAGCGGGAGGAAGAGGAGAGAGAGCGAAGGAGGAAAGGGAAGAAGAGGAGCAGGAACUGGACGGAGAGGAAGAGCAAGAACAGGACGGAGAGAGGAGGAAGAGGAACGAGAGGAAGAGUAACAGCAGCGCCAGGACCACGCGGUUCCCCCGCCCUCCCGCUCAGGCUCCCCCGGCUCCCGCAGCUUCGCCCCCUCCGGAACCCGCAGGAUUUCCCAUUCCCAAACCUUGGCUGGAUGGAGGAGGAGGAGGCUGUGAGAAAGAGGAAGAUGGCCCUGGAGGCCCAGGCAGACAUGGAGCUGAGGAUGGAGACCAGAGAGGACGAAUCCCCACAGCAGAACCUCGUGGAAGACGCUGUUUUGAGUGGCUCCACAGUGCAGGAAUCCAGCGGAGAGGAAAAGCCCUGGAGAUCCCGCACAAGGAAGGGCUACAAACGCAGAUCACAGGGAUCCAAGGAGGAAAGACCCACCCUGGGCCGCGGAGGUGACCGGAGAUGUAGCCAGAGUUUGGAGCUGGGGGUUGCUGAGCAGCUUCAGGAUGGGGAGAAGGCCCACAAGUGCACAAAAUGUGAGAAGAGCUUCAGCCAGAGAUCCUCCCUGAUCUACCACUGGAGAAUCCACACAGGUGAACGGCCAUAUGAGUGUGGGGAGUGUGAGAAGAGCUUCAGAUCAAGCUCUGACCUGAUCAAACACCAGAGGAGCCACACCGGGGAGAGGCCCUACGAGUGUGGGCAGUGUGGGAAGAGUUUCAGGUCAAGCUCCGACCUGACCAAACACCAGAUAAUCCACACCGGGGAGAGGCCCUAUGAGUGUGGGGAGUGUGGGAAGAGCUUCAGCCAGAGCUCCACCCUGAUCCGCCACCAGAUGAUCCACACUGGGGAGAGGCCCUACGUGUGUGACCAAUGCAGGAAGAGGUUUCAGACCAGCUCCAAUCUUCUCUUCCACCAGCAGAUUCACAGGGAGGAGAGGCCCUUCUGCUGCUCUGACUGUGGAAAGAGCUUCAAGCACAACUCCACUCUCGUCAGGCACCGGCGCAUCCACACCGGGGAGAGGCCCUACGAGUGUGCCGAGUGUGGGAAGAACUUCAGCCAGAGCUCCACCCUGACUGCCCACCAGAGGAACCACAAGGGGGAGAAGCCCUACGAGUGUGGGGAGUGUGGGAAAAGCUUCAUGUGGAGCUCCCACCUGAUUGCCCACCAGAGGAGCCACACACGGGAACGCCCCUAUGAGUGUCCUGAGUGUGGGAAGAGCUUUAUCCACAGCUCCAACCUGAUCCUCCACCAGAGGAGCCACACAGGGGAACGGCCCUACGAGUGUGGGGAGUGUGGGAAGAGCUUCAGGACGAGCUCCAACCUGACUGUCCACCAGAGGAGCCACACCGGGGAGAGGCCCUAUGAGUGUGACCAAUGCAGGAAGAGGUUUCCAACCAGCUCCGAUCUCCUCCUGCACCAGCGGAUUCACACGGAUGAGAGGCCCUUCCGCUGCCCUGACUGCGGGAUGGGCUUCAACCGCAACUGGACCCUCAUCACCCACCGGCGCAUUCACACAGGGGAGAGGCCCUAUGAGUGUCCCGAGUGUGGGAAGAGCUUCUCACAGAGCUCUAACUUGACCCAACAUCUACGAAGCCACGAUGGGGAGAAACCCUACAAGUGCUCGAAAUGUGGAAAGAGCUUCAGGAAGAGAUCCUACCUGAUCCGUCACUGGAAGAUCCACACGGGGGAACGGCCCUACGAGUGUGAGGAGUGUGGAAAAAGCUUCUGCGAGCGUUCCAAGCUGAUCAUCCACCAGAGGAGCCACACCGGGGAGAAGCCCUACGAGUGUUACCAAUGCAGGAAGAGGUUUCAGAUCAGCUCCACUCUUGUCAGGCACCAGCGGAUUCACACAGAUGAGAGGCCCUUCCGCUGCCCUGACUGCGGGAAGGGCUUCAAGUACAACUCCAGCCUCGUCAAGCACCGGCUCAUCCACACCAGGGAGAGGCUCUACAAGUGUGACGAAUGUGAGAAGAGCUUCUCACAGUGCUCAGCCUUGACCAGACACCAACGGACCCACUACUAAGGGAAGCCCUGUGAGUUCCCUGAGUGCAGGAAGAGCUUCAUGUGCUGCUCCAGCUUCAUCCCCCAGAGGAGGAUCCGUGCUGGAUGAUCCCCAGUGUCACCCGGUGGGCAGAGCCCUGGUGGUCCAUGGUGCCAGUGAUCAGUGUUGGGAAGACACCUGGCUGGGGGCUCCACAUUCCCCUGGCUCCCCAUGGGCAUCCACAGACUAACAUCAGAAAUCCAUUGUGGAGAGCAGAUUUGUUGACUUCUGACCUUUGGAAAAUCUCACUUUUUGCUUCUUCUAGUGGCAUCAAGCAACGCUGCAUAGCCUUGGAGGUCUUCUCCAAUAUAAAUCUAUCAUUUCAAUUCUCCUGGCCCGUGGAUCUUUUCCACAGCCAAAUCAGGACAGACUAGGGCAAAACCCACAAUUUUGGAGAAAGCGGGGAAACCCCUUGAAAAAAGGUUCUUCUCGCCCACCCAAGCACAAGGAUGCUCUGCUGGCAGGGACACGUAAAUAAUUUUUUUUGGCCUUGAUUUUCUUUUCCUUUCUGUUCAUCCCUUUGAAAUCCCUGAAACUGGGAUAAAAAUAAUGACAUUGAGCUAAGGCAUGGAUGGGGGCAUGGCAUGUCAAUGACAUGGGUGGGGACAUUUGGGGACAUGGAAAUAGAUGGGGACAUGGCAAUAGAUGGGGGUAUGGGAGACACAGAAAUAGGUGGUAACAUGGGGGGACACAGACAUGGAGAGUGAUAUAGAGGUGUGGUUUUAAGUUUUAGCUUUCUUAUUUUUCAGAUUCUGUAUUGCCUGCCGUGGUGUGUAACUCAACUUCAUACUAAGUGUUAGUAACUUCUCUUCACAGGGUAGUUAGACAAAACAGUCCUUUUCCAGCUUGAGAACCAAGGACCUUCAUUACAGCCUCAGGCCCCAAAAGUAUAAACAAUGGUGAAUUGAAGAGAGCAAACCAGAAGGAUGGGACUUCAUAACCUGAAGCUGUAAUUGGACAAUUAACCCCAAUAUGUAAAUGGACCAAACUUAUAAAAGUGGGAAGACUCGUGA